AUGGCAACCCUUCAAGAAGUCUUGCAACAACAAAAAGAGCAUGGCAUCCUGAUGGCUCCCAAAGAGCCACCUCAGGAGACUGGAAGUACGGUAGGAGUACAGGCCACACCGCAGUCCAUGCCCUUUGCCCUUCGGAACAACACAACCUCUUCAACCGUGUAUGCGUACAUCACCGGUCUUGAUGUCAGCAACGGCUCGCGCGUAGUCCUGGUGCAGCGCGACGGAAAGAGCCUCUACUACCCGGCCAGUCCGGCGGCGGAUCUUCAACCCCUGCAGACCGACUGCGCGAUCCCGCUGGGUGCGCCCGGGUCUACGACGACUGUCACGGUUCCGCGCAUAUCGGGCGGGCGCGUCUGGUUCGUGCAGGAUGCAACGCUGACGUUCCUGCUCAACAGGGGUAUCGACAGCGGUGGCAGUGCGGCGCUCGUAGAGCCGUCCAUCAUGAACCCGGCCGACCCCAACUACCAGCUGAACUGGAGCUUCUGCGAGUUCACCCUCAACGAGGUGGAGCUCUUUGCCAAUAUCAGUUACGUCGACUUUGUCAACCAUCCCAUCGCGCUCGUGCUCGAGUCCAACAGCAGCGCCACGCAGCGGGUCGAGGGGAUGCCGGCCGACGGGCUGGCGACGGUGGCUCAGAAGCUUACGGACCAGAACGUGAAGGACGGUGCCGGUUGGGAUAAACUGCUGAUCCGACAAACCGGGUCGAGCAAGCUCCUGCGCGCCGUCAGCCCCAACACCGGCAUGAAUCUCUUUAGCGGGCUGUUUGCCACCUACUACGAUGGAUAUGUCGACCAGGUGUGGCAGAAGUACUCGAGCACCGACCUCACGGUUAACACGCAGUUCACCUGGGGAGUAGUCAAGGGCCGAGUGGCCAACGGUCUUUUGGCCUUUGGCAGCGUCGGCAGCUUUGGUCGGCCCAGCAGCAGGGACAUAUUUUCGUCCGACUCGGGUGCGUUUGCACCGCCGGCUGGCGUUAACCAGGAGCAACUCCGCAACAUCGCGGCCAGACUCGCGGCGGCGUUCAACAGGUCCACGCUGCUCAUCAACGCCAACCAGCCGGACGGGGAGCAUAUAUCGACAUAUUACACCAAUUCCGUGACGAAUCACUACUCACGCAUUCUGCACGAGGUCAACAUCGACAAGAGGGGAUACGCCUUCCCAUACGACGAUGUUGUGCCUUCUGGUGGUGGUGACCAGGCGGGUACGGUGAACGAUGGGAAUCCUAAGGUGUUGACCAUCGUCCUUGGUGGUGGAAACACCAGCACAGCGGCUGAGUAG